ACGGCGGCGGCGACGGGGCGGACAUGGCGUUCGUACCGGGACAGCCGGUCACCGCCGUGGUGCAAAGAAUUGAAAUACAUAAGCUUCGUGACGGUGACAAUUUGAUUCUGGGAUUCAGCAUUGGGGGUGGCAUUGAUCAGGACCCUACUCAGAAUCCUUUCUCUGAAGACAAGACUGACAAGGGUAUUUAUGUAACAAGAGUGACAGCAGGAGGCCCAGCAGAAGUUGCAGGACUCCAGGUUGGAGAUAAGAUCAUGCAGGUGAAUGGCUGGGAUAUGACAAUGGUGACCCAUGACCAGGCCAGGAAGAGGCUGACCAAAAGGAAUGAGGAGGUGGUCAGGCUGCUGGUGACCAGGCAGUCCCUGCAGAAGGCUGUGCAGCAAUCCAUGAUGUCCUAAUCCAUCAUCCAGCUGGGGAGGGGGUGGGAGGGAGAUCUAUAGACUGGUAUCAAAGAAAGAAGCAACUAUUAGACUGGAACAGGUUGUGUGGAAGGAGUGCAUGUUCCUACCUGUGGUAAACACUACUUUUUUUUAUUUUAACUUCUUCUGGUGUAACUGGCAGUAGUAAAAUAAUACUCCCCUCAGCAGAGUGCUUCUCUAAAGUCUGCCCUGCAGGUACAUGGCAAGACUUCUGUGGUCAUGGCUUCCAGGACAGGACAGACCCAGGUUAUCUAAGAGCAACUGGAAAAGCCUUAACUUGGACAGGAUUCUUCUGUAGCACAAAAGCCUCCUCUUUUAGGAGGAAAUGUGGUUUCUGCUAUGGGAGACCCAAGGGUUUGCUGUGCCUAAGCUUUUAGAAGGGAGCUGUCCUGUCCCUCACAGUGCUACCAAAUUGAAAUGCCAGAGUUGAGAGCUGCACAGUGCUGUGGGGAGGAGCACUGUACUAAUCAAUCACUGUGUGCAAGAUAGAGAGUGGCUGAAGGGUUUGGGGCAUUGCAGUGUCCUGCAAAGAUUCCCUGGAUAAAGCAUCCACUUCAGGCAAGGAACAACUGAGGAACACACAAGUGUUAGCUCAAUGCCUGUGAAAUACACUACAACUUCAUGGACACUACAGUUCAACCGCACUGCCAGGGUAAAAUCUGAAUUCUUGUUCCCAAUUUGUACCAUCAGAUGAAUUGAGUUUAAUUUAAGGCAAUAUGGAGCAGGAAACAAAGCAAUGUUCCUGAACUUACCAGAAAUGCUGCUUGUAACUGUAGUGUUUUCAGUCCUUCAUUCCACUUCUAUCAGACUUGAAAUGGAAGGGAUUUUGGUUUGUCUUUUAGAAGACUUUGCUUAAAUCAGUGAUUUGCUUAAAUCAGUGAUGGAAGAGAUGAAUAUGCCGUAAUUUUGCAGAAGUGCCUCUUGACCAAAUUUAAACUUCUAGUGGGACACUAAAGUGGUUUAAAUCAACAUGCCACAGGGCUGAAGAUCCUUGCUGCAACACUAAGUCCAUGAUCUAGCAUCCUGUGGUUUGUUAGCCAGUCAGCUUUACAGUUACCCAAAACCUGGAGUUUUUAAUCCUCUUCAGUUGAUCUAGACAUAUCUAUAGUUUCCUUAAGCAGUCUUGGGGUAAGCUGUUGUAAAUAGAGCACGAGGAAGUGGCAGACUAAUUUAUUCAGUACCUGACUGCUGUGCCAUGGACCUUGUGAUUGAUGCAUCUCAGACUGUUCUGUGCACACCAGCAGAUGCCUACUUACCAAUUUUGUAUCUCUGGAAUUACUACAAUCCUGCUUUGGAAUUUUGUUACUUAAGAAUUCAGUAGUAAAUUAUAAAUCUUUCAAGUUGGAGUUAUUUUUGUUACUAUAAAGAUACACUGCUAUUUGUACUGCUUUUUUUCACUUGAUUUUACACAAUAAAACAAAGUUGGUUUUCCUGAGCUGUUUCUCCUUGCAUUUAAUAGUGCCACAUCACUUGGGUGCCUCUAGCUGUGACCAUUUUUGGCUCAAGGGUGGAUUUUGGAAUUACUGAGGUCAGUAAGGUCUGGUUUCACUGGUGGGGAACUGUCAAACCUCACCUGGGAUCUAGAAAGACACAUUAGGUUCUAAGCAUUCAAGUAUAAAUGCACAGAUUCCCUUCUAAUUACUUGUCUUAGCAUCUUUGAAAGAGCUUUCAGUGAAAGAA